AUGUUCUGGGGCAUUCCAGAGGAUUCCAGGAAGUCCUGGAGGGUCCUGGAGGAUUCCAGAGGAUCCCAGAAUGUCACGAGGGAUUCCAGAGGAUUCCGGGGAGUCCUGGAGGUUUCCGGAACGUUCUGGGGUGUUCCCAAAUCCCAGAGUUCCUGGAAAAGUGGGAUCUGCCCAAAUCCCGGGAUAUCCCGGAAAACCCGGAAUCCGGCGGGAUCCCGAAAUCCACGGGAGGCGGAAAUCCCGGGAAUUCCAGUGGGAUCCCAGAAUUCCAUCCUGGAGUUCCACAGCGUCCCAAACCCAGCCAGCGCCGCGGGGAUUCCCAAAAUUCCUGGAGAUCCCGAAAAUCCUGGAGAUCCCAAAAUUCCCAAGGGAGCCAAAAAUCCGGUGGGAUUCCAAAAUUCUGGGGGAAUCCAGAAUUCCAAUGGGAUCCCAAAAUCCCAGGAGAUCCCAAAAUUCCAGUGGGAUCCCAAAAAUCCGGUGGGAUUCCAAAAAUCCCGUGGGAUCGCAGCUCCUGCUCCGGGCGUUCCCAGGUUUUAUUCCUUGAUUCCCUCGGGGGAAUCCUCCUGGAAUUCCAGGGAAAUCCCGCUGGAAUUCUGGGAGAAUCCCACUGGAAUUUUUGGGGAAAUCCCCCUGGAAUUCCAGGAGAAUCUUGCUGGAAUUUUGGGAUCCUGCUGGAAUUCUGGGAGAAUUUUUUUGGAAUUCCAAGGGAAUCCCAUUGGAAUUUUGGGGGAAUCCCCCCGGAAUUCUGGGGGAAUCCCAGGAAAAUCCUGUUGGAAUUCCAGGAGAUUCUUGCUGGAAUUUUGGGAAAAUCCCACUGGAAUUCUGGGAAAAUUUCCUUGGAAUUUCAGGGGAAUCCUGCCAGAAUUCCGGGGGAGUCCCAGGAAAAUCCUGUUGGAGUUCUGGGGGAAUUCCCCUGGAAUUCUGGGAGAAUCCCAGGAGAAUCCUGUUGGAAUUCCAGGAGAAUCUUGCUGGAAUUUUGGGAGAAUUUCCUUGGAAUCCCAGGAGAAUCCUGCCAGAAUUCCAGGGCAAUCCUGCUGGAAUUUUGGGAGAAUCCCAUUGGAAUUCCGGGAGAAUCCCACUGGAAUUUUGUGGGAAUUCUGCUGGAGUUUUGGGAGAAUUUCUCUGGAAUUCCAGGAGAAUUUCACUGGAACUUUGGGAGAAUCCUUCUGGAAUUCUGAAGGAAUCCCAUUGGAAUUUUGGGAAAAUCUGGGAGAAUCCUGCUGGAAUUUUGGGAGGAAUUUUGGUGGAAUUCCAGAGGAAUUUCGGGAUCAUUUCUCAGGAAUUUUCUGGGAAACUCCAGAGGAAUCCUGCUGGAAAUCCGGGACAAUCUUGGUGGAAUUCCAGAGGAAUCUCGCUGGAAUUCUGCACGUUCCUGGCUCGGUUCUCCCAGAUUUUCCGGUUCCGCUCCGGGAUUUAUUCCCGGAUUUUGGGAUUGGGAACGGAGCUUGGGAUUUUUACACGGGAAAAGGACCCGGAUCCCAGACGGGAACGAGGCGGAAUUCCCAACGGGAAUGUUGGGAUCCUGCAUGGAAACACAUCAGAAUUCCAUAUGGGAAUGUCGGGAUUCGGCGGGAACGCGUCAGAAUUCCAGGUGGGAAUGUCGGGAUCCCAUAUGGGAAGGUCGGGAUCCGGUGGGAAUGUCGGGAUCCUGUGGGAAGGAAUGUGUCGGAGUUCCACGCGGGAAUGUCAAGAUCCCGUGUGGGAACAUCAGAAUUCCGUAUGAAAACGUUGGGAUCCCGCGUGGGGACAUCGGGAUCCUGUGGGAACGUCGGGAUCCUGCGCGAGAACGUUGAAAUUCCACUGUCACCAAAUGCCCCCCCGUGA